UUAGAAAAGAGGGAGGGGAAGAGAGGAGAGAGUUGUCCCUGAGCGCGCUCAGUCAGUGUGUGCUCCUCUCCCUCUCAGAGGGAAGCUGCAGCUUCUUAUUGAGCUAAUAUCAGUGGAAACGCCUGGAACAAGAGAGAGAGCAGCAGGCAAGCGAGUGACGGGGGUGGAGCCUAUCGCGGCUACCAUAGGGCGCGGGGCAGGGCACACCUGGAUUGGUCUCCAGUCUGUCACAGGGCCAGCACAGGGACAGAGACAACCAUUCACUAACUGCACGUGUGUGGAUUGUGGGAGGAAGCUGGCGAGAACAUGCAGCAUAAAAGGCCCCGCCCACACGGUGGAUUCGGACCCAGGGCCUUCUGUGCCACCGUGCUGCCUUUUAUAUUCAUUCAUGCCCAUUAAAAAUGGCUCCACUCAGUCCAGCACAUCCUUGCAUCCUCUCAGCAGACUUGCUGACUUCACCACGAUGGCAUCACCCAUGUCCUUCUGGCAGCUGCAGCGCUCCGGCGGCGUCUGCGUUCUGCUCACUGAUGACUCGUCAGAAACUUCAACCUCGGUGGAAACCAUGGAGCUGCAGAAGGUGCAGAUGGAGAGGGACGGUGCUCUGGAGGACCGGCGGCGGCUGGGAGCGGAGGUUCGGGCCCUACGAGCCAAUCACAGAUCUCAGGACUUAGCCCCGCCCUCCCAGCCCUCGUUGCGAGCUGAUAGCGUCUCUCCUGAGGCCCCACCCCUGAUGGAUAAGCUGCAGCAGCUGAUGAAGGAGAAGCAGAGCGUGGAGGCGGAGCUUCAGCGCUGCCAGGAGGCAGAGCGAGAGGCCACUGAGCAAGUGCGCAGGUUGGAGCGUCUGGUCGAGGUGCUGAGAAAGAAAGUUGGAACAGGAAGUGUCCGCGCUGUCAUCUGAGCGGCCGGAUGUCCUGAUCAGUGAAGACAGCAGCAGCUCAGUGACGAUGAUGAUGUUUCCUUCUCGUCGUCUUAGCUUCGGCUCUAAAACCCAAAAAAGCUUCAAACUUUCCGGAAUCAUGAAUGAAAUUUUUCUCUCAAUCAAACGUUUUUGUUGUUCUGACAUUUUAAAAUCAAUCAAAUGUUUUUUGUUGUUUAAUAAAACAGUGAUGCCGUGA